AUGGAAAGCUCGGCCAAGAUGGAGAGUAGUCACGCCGCCCAGCAGCCCCAGCCGCAGCCCCAGCCGCCCUUCCUGCCACCCGCAGCCUGUUUCUUUGCCACCGCCGCGGCCGCCGCUGCAGCGCAGAGCGCACAGCAGCAACAGCAGCAGCAGCAGCAGCAGCAGCAGCAGCAGCAGCAGCAGGCGGCUCAGCUGAGCCCCGCGGCCGACGGCCAGCCCUCAGGGGGCGGUCACAAGUCAGCGCCCAAGCAAGUCAAGCGCCAGCGCUCGUCCUCGCCCGAACUGAUGCGAUGCAAACGCCGACUCAACUUCAGUGGCUUUGGCUACAGCCUGCCGCAGCAGCAGCCGGCCGCCGUGGCGCGCCGCAACGAGCGCGAGCGCAAUCGGGUCAAGUUGGUGAACCUGGGCUUUGCCACCCUCCGCGAGCACGUCCCCAACGGCGCGGCCAACAAGAAAAUGAGCAAGGUGGAGACGCUGCGCUCAGCCGUCGAGUACAUCCGCGCGCUGCAGCAGCUGCUGGAUGAGCACGACGCGGUGAGCGCCGCCUUCCAGGCGGGUGUUCUGUCGCCCACCAUCUCCCCCAACUACUCGAACGACAUGAACUCCAUGGCCGGCUCCCCAGUCUCAUCCUACUCCUCCGAUGAGGGCUCCUACGACCCGCUCAGCCCCGAGGAGCAAGAGCUGCUGGACUUCACCAACUGGUUCUGAUGGAACCGGCCAUGGUCUGGCCCAGGUGCCCAUAAGACUUUGGAAGCAGGGUGACCACACAACCUGCAUCUUUAGUAUUUCUCUUCAGUGACUUUGGG